CCCCUGGUGAAGCAGGACAGCUUGGACAUCUACAACGAGAGAGACCCCUUCAAGAACGAUGACGGAGGAGUGGAGGACGAGGAGAGCGACGACGUGGACAGUGGAAUGGAGGGGGAGCUGGACCUGGUGGAGAGGGAUGCCAUCCUCCCUGCCAUGCCUGCCCAGCGCCCCCUCCUCGAGAGGGUGGCGUUCCCCAAAGGGCUCCCCUGGGCCCCCAAAGUCAGACAGAAGGACAUCGAGCAGUUCCUGGAGGCCAGCAGGAACAAGUUCAUCGGCUUCACGCUGGGACAGGACACUGAGACGCUGAUUGGGCUUCCACGGCCCAUCCAUGAGAGUGUGAAGACCCUGAAGCAGCACAAGUACGUUUCCAUCUCUGACAUCCAGAUCAAGAACGAGGAGGAGCUGGAGAAGUGCCCCAUGUCUCUGGGGGAAGAGGAAGUCCAAGAAACGCCUUGUGAGGUCCUGUACAGAGCCAUGUUGUACAAUCUCCCCCAGUACAUGAUCGCUUUGCUGAAGAUCCUCCUGGCUGCAGCACCCACCUCCAAAGCCAAGACCGACUCCAUCAACAUCCUGGCAGAUGUGCUGCCUGAGGAGAUGCCCGUCACCGUCCUUCAGAGCAUGAAGCUGGGGAUUGAUGUGAACAGGCACAAGGAGAUCAUUGUGAAGAGCAUCUCGGCUUCGCUGCUGCUGCUCCUCAAGCACUUCAAGCUGAACCACAUCUACCAGUUUGAGUACGUGUCCCAGCAUUUGGUGUUUGCCAACUGCAUCCCCCUCAUCCUGAAGUUCUUCAACCAAAACAUCAUGUCUUAUAUCACUGCCAAAAACAGCAUCUCCUCCCUGGACUACCCGCGCUGCACCGUCUGCGACCUGCCCGAGCUCACUGCAGAGAGCCUGGAAGCAGGGGACAACAACCAGUUCUGCUGGAGGAAUUUGUUCUCCUGCAUCAACUUGCUGAGGAUCCUCAACAAGCUGACCAAGUGGAAGCACUCCAGGACGAUGAUGCUGGUGGUGUUCAAGUCGGCGCCCAUCCUGAAGCGGGCGCUGAAG